AUGGACGACGAGCAACCCUCCAAGCGACGCCGGCGCAGUCGCCGCGCCCCGUCAGAUCGCAAGUUCGAAUGUACCCAUGAGGGCUGUGGGAAAAGCUAUUCACGCGCCGAACAUCUAUACCGACACCAGCUGAACCAUGCCCCAAAACAGAUCUUUCGCUGUGACUUCCCCAACUGCUACCGAUCCUUCGUGCGCCAGGAUCUUUGUGUCCGCCAUCGCGAACGCCAUACCACCCGCGGAUCACAGCUUCAGAAGCGCGACUCCUUCACAGCGGAUAGCCACGAUGACCUACCGAAAUCGAUACUCCCAGCCUCGUCGCCUUCGUCGCCUAUGACCACCGCAGACUAUACAUUUAUGACCGACCCCGCGCCGUCAAGGUCCCCUCCGAGUACAAACUACCCAUUAUCUACCGGCAUCGAAGGCACAGGUAUCCCAGUGCCCGGCUACCCCGAUCUGCCGGUGGGAUUCACCCAACCUGAAAGUAUGCUGGAUCUUGACGCCAUGUCGAAUGCAUACCCCAUUUUCGGCGGGGAAACGUACAACCGGUCUCCCUUCGCCAUGGCUGAUGAUUUCGCGGCUUGGCUGUUCAGUGAACCGAUGGCGCCGCUGGGAUACGGGAUGAUGCCGCUGGUGCAAAAUCAGUUCUACAUGAACGAGCCUGCCUAUCACAAUUUCUGCACCGUCAUCCCGCAGCAUCCGAUGAGCGUGACAAGUAUUCUCGACUCGGGAUCGCUGCCGGCGAUUAUAUCCGCAGAAAAACGACAGGAGCUGCUCCACUUAAUGGCGACGCGAUUUAACGAGGCCGCAUACUCAGCCGACACUAAGCGCAAAGAUGCGCUGAUGAUUGGGGAUCUAGAUAGCGACAGACAUGUGUUGAGUUUGCGCAUGAUGCAGACGUAUAUCGGGUCCUAUUGGUACCAUUUCCAUGCGCAACUACCGAUUUUGCACCAGCCGACCUUUGCGGCGGAUCGCACGCCAAACCUACUCUUGCUAGCGAUUAUGGCUAUUGGAGCGGCGACUCUGGAUAAGAUUCAUGGAACAGCGGCCACUGAGACAGCGGCAGAACUAGCUAGUUUUAUUGCGUGGCAUCUACGCUGGGAGAUUUUUAUGGAUGCUGAUUUCCGACCGCCGGCACGAUUGUGGGUGUUCCAGGCAUUGCUCCUACUGGAGGUGUACGAGAAAGGAUAUUCUACCCGGGCGCUGCAUGAACGCGCCCAUAUACACCAUGACACAACGUUGACACUGAUGCGACGGGGGAGCUCGCUAAUCGGGCGGUCAUCGUUUGAUACCCCCGAGUCCAGGGAGGAGGAUGAAUCAUGGUCACAUUGGAUCAAGGCCGAAGCGACUCGACGAGCCGCCUUUGCUGCAUUUGUGCUAGAUUCCACCCAUGCCACAAUGUUCGGCCACUCUGCCAAGAUGGUAGCGCAUGAGCUCCGGCUGCCAUUGCCGUGCGAUGAGGCCUUAUGGGCAGCAACCAGCGCCGCGGAGGUAGCGCGUGUGCAGUCGAGUCUCCAAUCCCACGGCGUGCGACCCGUAAUGUUUCUGGAUGGACUGAAACGUACGCUGAAUGGCCAGCCCGUCCGCACAAACGCGUUCGGUCGCAGUAUCUUGAUCGCGGGAUUACUGAGCGUGAGCUGGCAUCUGCACCAGCGAGAUCUGCAGGUUAGUUCACUCGGAGUCGGGCAAACACUCGGUGGUCGUGAUAAGUGGCGGACUGCGCUCCUCCGCGCAUUCGAUAACUGGCGUCGCGACUUCGACGAAGCAUUGGGUUCGUCCCCGACAACCGAAUCCGAGUCCCGCGAUGUGCUUCAUGGUCUUGCCCAUAUGGCCUCUCAUGUGGAUAUUGUGGAUCUUCAGAUCUUUGCUGGUGCGGAUCGGCUAAUGGGUCGGUCUAUCACUGCCCGCGACUAUAGUACAGCACGCGAGAAGACCGGGCGCUGGGCGAAUAAGGCCUCUGCACGCGAUGCGACGUUCUAUGCACUAAAAUUCCUAUCCACUUGCUUCGUUGAACAGGCGUCGGGGGAGUACGUUGCCCGCGAUGAUUACCUUCUCAACCGGCCCUGGGUUAUGUACUUUGCCGUGUUAGUAGUGUGGUGUUAUGGGUUUGCACUGGAUGGACCUUUACGACCACCUCCUGUAUUGGCAACCCCGACUGAAAAACAACACGAUAUGCAGAUAUUCCUGCAACGCGUAGGUGGGGUGCGUGAACCUAAUGAGCUGGAGGGGAUGAAGGGGCGAAACACAUGUUUGGGUCUGUUGAUGGUACUUCGAGACUCAUUUGUGAGUUCACGAUGGGAAUUAUUGAGAGAAGCGUCACGGCUGCUGGACAGCUGUAUCGCAAAAUUAUGUAGUUAA